GCCAACGCCUCCAAAGAUUCUGCAUCAACACCAGCAUGCCAAUGUUCAGAUAAGGACGGCGCGUCGUCCUAGUACCCCUCCUUGGACCCGAAUUACCUGUCUCGCCACUCGAGAGGUUGCCGAUCUUCCGAGUAAGUCUUCGGCGGCGUUGGGUCGCGGUGAGGGCCCUGCGGUGAUCCCGUCGCUCGUUACUUCACGAUUUACGACUAGACUCGGUUCUCCUUGGCAGCUUGCGACGCCCUUUCCUCAAACACCCAAGCACGCCCGCCGUGCAUUUUCUGCACUCAACAAGUCGAAGUCGUUUCCAUGGGCUCCUACUGCGCUAGCAUCGCAUUCCAGCGCCAUACUUGAGCCCAUCGAGACCCCACUGUCGCUUCAGAACGCCGCCGGAAAUUUGCCGACUCAUAUACUCGCCGAGGAAGGUGCGCUCGACGCUGCACUCCUCCAUAAUCUAAACGGCAGGCACGACUCUCGUUGUACUGCGACCUCCACCCAUAGAUGCGACUGCGCUCCUCCCCAGACCGAAGCCCCGAGCAUAACCAUCCCGAAUCGACUGCCGACAAUUCACCCGCACCACUUCCGGAACAUGUGGAUAGACUCGACUCUCAGACUGAGGAAUUGCUAGUGAAUGUGCAGGGCGGGGUGAAAGAGAACAGGCCCAGGAACCACGCAGACGUGCCUUCACAACGACUGGCGUCCGACCCUCUCGCUAUAUCUGAUUCUCUCACCACCGCACGAUCACCCAUGGCGCACCAAAAGGCAGACUCCACCAUGGGCGCUUUAGUGAAAGACAGCCCAGCGCACACGAUGGUCGCGGACCACAACAAGAAAUGGCGCCACCGGCUUCGCUCUCCGUGGGCAUGUUCGCCUUGCACGCUCUUGACGACAUUGGCGGCCUUUAUUGCCAUGUUCCUCAUGGCCCAGUCCUUUUUGACGAGGCAGUUAGACGUCAAAGGUUGUGGCAUGUCCUACAUGCGGCCCAGCUAUAAGAGAUUCAACGAUUUCGACACCGAACACACGCGAUUCGCCAGCAAAUACUCGCUGUACCUAUAUCGGGAAGGUAGCUUGGAUGAGGAUACCAGGGUCAAGGGCGUGCCAGUGCUCUUCGUCCCUGGAAACGCUGGGAGCUACAAACAAGUACGCUCCCUCGCCGCCGAAGCCGCAUACCACUACCACAACACCGUCCAACACGAUGCCGACGCCGGCAAGGCAGGGAAGAGACCACUCGACUUCUUCUCGGUCGACUUCAACGAGGACAUCACCGCGUUCCACGGCCAAACCUUGCUAGAUCAGGCCGAAUACCUCAACGAUGCCAUUACAUACAUACUAUCACUAUAUCACACCCCGGGCAAGUUUCUGCGCGACUCUAGCCUGCCAGACCCGACUUCAGUCAUCGUUGUUGGGCAUUCCAUGGGUGGGGUGGUCGCGCGUACCAUGCUCACCAUGCCCAAUUACCAGGCCAACUCGAUCAACACCAUUAUAACGCUCGCCGCGCCGCACGCCCGGCCGCCAGUGUCUUUUGACGGAGACAUAGUUCGUACCUACAAGGGCGUGAACGAUUACUGGCGAAGCGCGUACUCGCAGAAAUGGGCUAUUGACAAUCCGCUCUGGCACGUUACGCUCAUCUCGAUCGCUGGAGGAAGUUUGGAUACUAUGAUCUCUUCAGACUAUGCCAGCAUCGAAUCACUGGUACCUGAAACCCACGGGUUCACCGUCUUUUCCACGUCCAUGCCAAACGUUUGGACUGGCAUUGAUCACCUGGCAAUCACCUGGUGUGACCAGCAUAGAAAGGCUGUAGUACGUGCUUUGUACGAGGUCAUUGAUGUGUCACGCGCGACGCAAACCGUACCACGGGCUGAACGUAUGCGCGGUUUCAAGAGGUGGUUCUUGACAGGGUUGGAGGACAUUGCCGAGAAGACUCUCCCUCAAAAAGAAGCUAAAACGCUCCUCACGCUCGAAGAGAACAGCGCCAUCAUCGCAGAAGGUGAGAAGCUGGUGCUGAGGAGUCUUGGGAAGUCCAAGCAACGGCCGAAUGCACACCUCAUCCCGGUGCCGCCCCAAGCUGCAGGAAGAAAGUUUACACUUCUUACCAACGAACACCUGGAUCAUCCUGGAGAUCAUGGCUUACUUGAGGUGCUGUUUUGCAGCGUGUUCCCAUCGCAACCGGGUCAAUCGACCACGCUGUUUUCAAUGAACAUGGAUCUCUCGGGCGAUAGCGUCGGUGCCACACGACUUGCUUGUAAGAACGCUGCGUCGGAUGUGAUUGCCCUCCCCGCAUCGACACGCCACUCUACCUACCCCUUCAAGAUGGACGAAAGACCGUUCUCCUACCUCCAAUAUGAUAUUGAAGAUCUCGCGGAGCAUCAGUUCGUGGCCGUGGUUGACAAGGCUGGAGAGCGCAGUACAGGCUGGGUAGUUGCCGAGUUCAGCGCCGCAUCUGAAUCUCAGAUCGUUGUUGAUAUGGGCUUGCAGCACCUUUUGACAACUGGACUGUCUAUGAGACUUUCAGCACAGCGUCCACUGGUGACAGACAUAAAGAUCCCAGCUCUACACUCUGCCCUUCUAGCCUACAACAUCCACAUCGGCAAGCAGUCCUGCGAUGCAGGAGAGCUCUUCGCUCCUCUACUGCGACAGUACGUUACCGAUAUUUACGAGAGCAAGUUCUUCGUCAACGUCAAGGAUGCCAGUAUCAACCUCCACGGUGUAUCGCCAUACAUGCCACCUGUUCUUCACGCGAAACAGCCCUCCAAUGGGCUAUCACUACAGAUCUGGUCUGACCCGACUUGCGACAGCAGCGUGGAGAUCAACCUGAAUGUGGACAUACUAGGCAGCUUUGGUAAACUCUGGAUGCGCUACCGCAUUGUCUUCGCCGCGUUCCCACUAUUGGUCGUUGCUCUGGUCUUGCGCCAGCAGUUCAGAACAUACGACAAUACCGGCGUCUUCAUGAGCUUCACGCAAGGGCUGAACGAGUGUUUGAAGAGCUCGCUGCCAUUGGCCUUGUCCGCGCUGACCUUCCUGUCGAUUACUCUAGCAGGCGCCCAACACCAAUCGAAACAAUGGUCUCUGGGUGGAAAGACCACUAAUACGACAUCACUGCUGCACACUGCAAGCAACGAAUUGCUUCUCGGCUCAGACGACACCUUCUUCUGGUUCCUUGUUCCACUGUUCGGUCUGAUGUGCAUCGGCGUUUGUGUGGCUAUCAACUACAUUGUACUUUUGUUGGAACUCCUGUUCGCCUUCUUAUACUCUGUUGUCAUAUCUGCCAGACUUCGGAGAGAUGAAGCAAAGAGAUCGCCAUCAGCCUUUGCCGUGACAUCAAAUCGACAGCGCGUAGUUACCACGUUAAUCCUGCUGUCACUGGUCUCGACAGUGAUACCGUAUCACUUCGCUUACGUUGUGCUCUGCCUGGUGCAGCUCGCAACCAGCGUUCGUGCCUUCCGAUUGGCGACAGAGUCAAGUCUCGAUUCGAACUACAACUUCUACAACUACGCCCACUCCAUCUUCAUACUAAUGCUCUGGAUAUUACCCAUCAAUCUCCCGGUGUUGGUAGUCUGGAUACGCAACCUGGCUGUACACUGGAUGACACCUUUCUCGUCGCACCAUAACAUCCUCUCAAUCAUGCCCUUCAUCCUGCUUGUCGAAACACUCAGCACCGGCCGCAUGGUCCCUCGUGCAGAGUUCCGAGUCUCGAUCCUCACAAAUAUCCUGCUCUUCUCCAUAGGCGCAUAUGCCGCUGUUUACGGCGUCACCUACGCAUACGUUCUACACCACCUAGCCAACAUACUAUGUGCCUGGCUAGUCGCCAUCCACUUCGACCCAUCAACAUGGUCAUCAAGAAGAACAAGCACCCCGAUAGAAAGCAGAAGUCCCGACAGCGAGACGAAGAAACGACCAUGACAGCAGCGAUAGCUAAAACCUUUCAAUUCUCCGUAAUUCUUUUUAACCUGGCGUUCAAUACCCCAAUUUUCUUCUUCGUUCUCUCUCUUACAUUGCAUGUCCGGGUUGCUACUCCAGCUGGCGUUUUACAUCUCACGGCAUUAGCAUUUUCCGCAAGGAGCAUAAAUAGCUCUUGUUUUGUUUUUUUCUACUAGAUGAUUGCGUUGCAUACGGGCGGCGCAUAUGACUUGUUUCUAAAUGGCAUUGGGUUGUUUGACCCGGAGGGCCGCAUUAGGUGAGGAUCGUGCUGGAAAGAUGGGCAGCGCAAUAUGGUGGUGUAUAGCAUUGCGCACACGUAGGCAGAAUAGUUAAUCUGGUGAAGCGAUGGGGCUUCGGGGACUAUAUUGUGUAAUGGCGGACGCUACAAUAAGAAGAUCAAGUUCCACCAAGA